CUCAGCUCCGCUCCUGGAUUUUCUUCGUUCCUUUUCUCAUCUCAUGAGAUCAACGGUCCCGAUCCCGCCAGUGUGGAUGAUUCCCGCUCCAAGCUCAGUUGCAAGCGGUCAUCGAAUGCUCUGACCCCGCAUGGUUCCAGUCAUUUCUGCCUAGUGUAUGCAGCUACAACCAACAGUGCGUUGCUGAUUUGCCGCCAGCCUCGUGGGCUACACAACUAUGCAGGCCUCUACCGACGACCGAGCCAUGGAUGGCGUAUGGAGUUGUCAAUUUUGCUCAGCAAUCUUUCAUCGCUUAGACCAUCACAAGCGACAUAUAGCUACCCAUAGCUCACAGAAGCCUUUCAGAUGUGGAUUUUGCGGCUCUCAUUACAAACGAGGAGAUGUCUUGCGGCGACACUGGAAGUCUUGUUCUGCCCGCAUACAUGCCGGCCAGGCCAUCCCAGGACCUCGAAUAGGCGGCAAAGAACGGCAUGCAUGUGAUGUCUGCGCCAGGCUAAAGAAAUCCUGUGAUGGGGGGCAGCCAUGCUUAGAAUGCGCCACGCGGAGGAAAACGUGCACUUACUUGCGACUACAGGAUAGCGGGGGGGCUCCGCGCAACCAGCACACCCCUUCGCCGACUUUCAACCAAUCGCAGCCCGAACCCAUAAACUCAAUACCUGAUUUGGCGCUUCCCACAUGGGAUCUAGGGCUCCAGCCUUACUAUCCAAACCUUCAGACUCGUCUGAAGGCUCGCGCACGACGCGAUGGCGUCCAAACAGAGGGAUGAAAUUACACAGCCGCUUUACGAACAGGAGCAUCAAAGAAAGGUAUGGUACUUCGAGGAAUAAGCCAUCUACUUGGAGUUUGGGAACACCAGCGAAUAGAGCAUGGCAGGG